AUGACGGUCGUAACCCCCCCCCCACCGCUACCUGCAUCGGCCACCCACAUCCCAAUAUCUCACUCCGAGGUUCUUGGAAAAGUUGAGAGCCCUGGAGUGAUACAAUCCCCGACAGCUGUGCUGUUUGCAAAAAAAUGUCGCACACAACUCAGUGAGGCAAAGAAAAAAGAAGACCUUCAAUCAAAGAAAAUUGCUGAGUUGACCGAAGAAAGAGACUCCCCACUAAAGCAGCUGUCAGAAUCGGCAUCCUCUACAUCAUCUUCCUUGUCUUCUUCAUCCUCCUCAUCCUCCUCCUCAUCUUCUGAUUGUCAGAGAAAGAAAGUAAAAAAGCGCAACAAGUACAAGAAAAAGAAGACCCAGAAGGGGAAGAAGAAGAAGAAAGAGAAGAUAAGGAAGGAAAGAAACUUUUUAAAGAGAGCUGUGAAUCCAAAGGACGUUGUAAAGAGAUACAAAAAGGUCUUGCAUCAUUUCAGGCAAGGGAAGAACUUGAGGUGUUCUUACAAGGCGGUUGGAGUGGACAGGAACACAGUGGUUGCCAGUGUUGCAAUUGCAGAACUUGCCAUUGUGUCUCAAACGAAGUAUGAAGAACUCCUACAAGGCUGCUCCAGAGGCCAGAAGCUGCAGACCUUUAUCCAGAAGUGCUCAGAUGUCUUAAGCAAUGAUCCCGCACUUUUGUCAGAGGUAGAUCAUAUGAAAAAGAAUGGAAAGCUUCUCCCCAUAAUGAAGAGAAAGUAAAAAGUCGGGUACUGUGCCAGUUUAUGUUUUCAUACUAGUUUAGGUUAAACAGUUGAGAGUUCAAAGAUUGUUACCAAAGUUACCAUUUGUCAUGUAAAGUGCUCAAUUGCUCAAUUUUGCAAACCUGCUGGUUACAGGUUGUGUGGAUA